ACCGAGAGAUCCAAUAUGCACCACUUCUUCUUCUUCCUCUUCCUCAUUUUCUUGCUUCCCCAUGAAACCAGCUACUCGGCCGCCGCAGCUUCCGGCAGCGGUAGCCAGUGCAGCCGGCGGUGCGGCAGCACCGCCGUCCCCUACCCUUUUGGCUUCUCCGCCGGCUGUCCCAUCCCGCUGUUCUGUGACGCCAGCAUAUCCACGCCGAUGCUCCCAUACAUAGGAAAGAACGGCACAACGUACCGCGUGAUAGCCUUCAACUCCACCACCUCCACCGUCGUUGUCGGUCUCCCGCCGUCGUGCAGCCGCAGCGUCCCCGAGGCCAGGAGGGAGCUCUCCGGGGGCAACUACGGUGUGUCAUCUCGCACCUGGAUGUCCCUCCGUGGCGGCUGCAGCGGGAUCAACGCGUCGGCGGGCGUUGGAUGGGGACUGAGUUUCUUCAUCAUACCUAAAUUGUUACUAUGUUUCUUUUUGGGGUUUUAUUAUGGAGCUUACAAGAAACUCUAUAACAUUUUCCGCAUGUAUGCCUUUCAUCAUUUGCUCCAUAUUUUCCAUGCAGCACAUGCGUCUCGGUCGAAGCAUAGAAGAAAGCUAGUAGCGGUGUUGGUGUCUGUUGUUUCCGUCGUGUUCCUACUUUCUCUCUCCAUAGCGGCUUCCUUCCUCUUACCCCGUUGCCGAAGACGCAAUACCAUGAAGAAAACCAAACUAGCGUUGAAACUAGGGACAACAUUCUUUCGUGGUGAACUUGUCGACGACGAACUUGACCAAGGAGUUGAGGGCCCCCGACGAUUUUCUUACAACGAGCUUGCAUCCGCGACCGACAAUUUCUCUGAUGAUAGAGCGCUCGGGAGAGGAGGCUUUGGGUCUGUGUACCAAGGUUUUAUGAGCAACAUAAACUACGAAGUGGCUGUCAAGAGGGUCUCUGAGACUUCUCGACAGGGCUGGAAGGAGUUCGUCUCUGAGGUGCGGAUCAUUAGUCGUCUUAGGCACCACAAUCUUGUGCAACUUAUCGGUUGGUGCCAUGGCGGUGACGAGCUCCUCCUUGUCUACGAGCUGAUGCACAAUGGCAGCCUCGAUACUCAUUUGUACACAUCUGACUGUGUGCUGGCAUGGCCUGUUAGGUAUGAGAUAGUGCUCGGUGUAGGUUCGGCGCUUCUAUACCUGCAUCAAGACACAAAACAGCGGGUCAUGCACAGGGACAUCAAGCCAAGCAACAUCAUGUUGGACGCGUCCUUCACCGCCAAACUCGGUGACUUUGGGCUCGCAAGGCUCAUCAACGACGGCCGGAGAUCGCACACGACCGGCAUAGCUGGCACGAUGGGGUACAUUGAUCCGGAGAGCCUACUAGCCGGCAGGGCGAGCGUCGAGUCGGAUGUGUACAGCUUCGGAGUUGUCCUCCUCGAGGUCGCCUCUGGGCAGCGACCAACUCUAAUCCAGGAAGACGGUGACGUUGUCCACCUGGUGCAGUGGGUGUGGGACUUGUACGGCAGAGGAUCAAUUAUUGACGCUGCCGAUGAGCGGCUUAGAGGGAUGUUCGACGGCGGAGAGAUUGAGCAUGUUAUGGUCGCGGGGCUCUGGUGCGCGCACCCUGACCGUGGCAUGCGGCCAUCCAUCAGGCAAGCGAUGAAUGUGUUGCGGUUUGAAACACCAUUGCCGAGCCUCCCGGCAAGAAUGCCGGUGGCGACCUACGGGCCACCGACUAAUCCUUUGAGUUCCGGGACUUCUGUGCUGAGCAGCAUCAGUGGCCGGUGA